AUGUCUUCCAAGACCAGGAAGACGCCAGCAAUAAUGCCAUGCCGUACGAUGCGAGGUCAUACCGACUGGGUAAACAGUGUUAUCACUGUCGUGCACCUGCCUGGGGGACGGCGCAUCAUCACAUGUUCGACGGACGGCUCAUUCCGACUAUGGGACCUAGAGAGCGGCACGCAGAUAGAAGAGGAAUGGCGAGAUGAAGAUUACGCAGGAGUGCGGACCAUGGUAUUAUCUCCAAAUGGCAAGACAGUUGCAAGUGGAUGCGAUGACGGGAAAGUGAGGUUAUGGGACAUCGAGACAAGGAAGGUUAUCGCCAAAUGGACAGGACACACCGAUGUUGUGGAUGCAUUGCGCUGGAGUAAAGAUGAGCGGCAAAACUGUCCUGAUAAUCGAAACCGGGCAACCUGGGUGAAGGCGGUGAUAUACUCACCCGAUGCAACGAAAAUUGCGACCGGCGGAUGGGACGAUGAUGCAGUAAAAAUUUGGAAUGCAAAGACAGGCGAACUGUUGAAGACGCUCGAACACAAUGCAGUUUGGAGCUUGGCAUGGACGUCAGACGGAAAGAAACUUAUCUCCGGCUCAUAUGGCCCGAUUAGGAUAUUCGACACUGCCACUUGGGAGGAGAUCGCUGUCCUGGAGGGUCAUACAAAAUGGAUCAACGCCAUCGCCUUAUCUCGGAAUGGCCGCCUCCUUGCAAGUGCAUCCGAUGAUAAAACAGCGCGUCUAUGGAACCUCGACACCAACCUCCCAGUCAGACCACCUCUCCAGCACGAAAGUUUCUCACUGGUUGCCAAAACAAUAACGCGUAUACAUGGAACAUUCACGCCACCCUCAAAAAAGCUGGCCUUGAAGACCUCCUCCAACCUUUAUCUAAUGUAUAUUCCGUGGUUCUUUGGUAAAGACUAUGCUAGCCUUCCACUCGCAGGUUCCAGCGCAAAAGUCGUUGAUAAACAGCAACGCCGCACGACCUCCGCCUAUCCAGGCUCGUCGAAUACCGGCGUCAGCCUUUUUGAUGGCGUGCAAAAUGGCGCCCAGUCCUCCGCAGCACGCGGUGCUCAUCAUUGUUCUCCCGCACACAACCCUCGUAGUACUCGGCCACCCCUCCUCGAACGCUUUUCGUACCUCUUCCAUCAUUCUCACCGCGAUACUGAUGACGGAACCGAACUCCAGCGGCGCCCAAGGCGAUCCUUCUCUCGUGGUCCUCCUAUCAUCGAAGUUGCCGCAGUAAAGGACAGAGAGGUUAUAUUUACUGCUCCGCCACCGCCACAAAAAACGCAGCAGCAAAGCCAAUCACACAGUCAAGGAUCGUCCACGACACAGCCUGCUUCAGGCUCUAAUCCUACUACACCACGUCCAAGACAUCCACAUUCACUACCCGUCCGAUUAUUGGCUGAUCUUGUGCUUUUGCUCUGCUGCGCAUCUCCUCGACCCGCCAAUGGAAAUGCACAUCCAACACAACAGCAGCAGCAAGGUCAGUCGGAAGGUCAAGCCCAGGGCCAGGCGUUAUCAUCUCAGACUCAGCCUGCUGCACUCUUGACAUCCACGAUGCUUCCUGCUCCUGCUCCUAGUACUGCCGCUUCAGGUGGAGCGACCGUGCAGUCACGACCUCUUCUACUGCGAGCUCGCUCCGUGCUAUCUCUUUGUUGUGCAUCUCCCCCACAUGCCGAUAGUCAUUCAUACAGGUAUACAAUUAUUUCACAUUUGCUUCUGGUUCUUCUGUACUCUUAUAUCUUUUUCAUAUCAUUUCGCAACUAUGCACGUCAAUCCUGUUUCCUCGUCAUGAGACUUGUGCAAUGUAUUGAACUCAACAAUGACAACCAUUGCAAGAGGAACAUUUUAGAAUCAAUCAAGAGGAUGAAAGUCCGCGACCUGCGUGGAUGA